AUGUUGCUGCCCGGUUCAAUCAGUGAUGCGGGUUGGAACGCUUUGGCCUACGAAGGACUCAAAGCGAUUGAAAAACAACUCGGUGCGGAAAUCAGCCACGCUGAGACCCGAACCCCAACAGAUCAGGAAGAACAAUUUCGGGCAUACGCACUCGACGGUUACCACAUGGUGUUUGGACACGGAUACGAGUUUCAAGACCCGGCGAAAGCGGUCGCACCGGAUUUUCCAGAGACGAUUUUCAUUACGUCAUCCGGUGGUACGAUCACCGAUAACAUCUCACCCGUCAACUUUCGUGUUGAGCAAGCUGCCUAUCUGUUAGGGAUGAUCGCAGGUAUGAUGACCGAUACAAAUAAACUUGGUGUCAUGGGGGGUCAGAACAUCCCAUCUGUCAAUAGCACGUUUAUGGCGUUCGAAGGUGGCGCAAAAAGUGUGAAUCCUGAAGUAGAGCGGGACUCGGUGCUUUUGAGGCGGCUGAAACUCGCUCAAAAAGAGGGAAAAACUGUAUACACGUUCGGCGCGAACCGUGACAAGAGCGAUAUAUCCCCCACAACCGUGAUUGCCAAUGCUGUGAUUACACCGAACGCUUUUGUGAAAAUUGCUGAGAUCAUUAAGAAUGGCGAGUUUAAACCACAAAUCUAUACAUUCAGCAUGCUAACGGACGAGGCAAUCACUCUCACCUACAACCCCGCAUUGAAGGAUAAGGUGCCAGAGGCGGUGCAAAAAGCCGUUGAAGAUGCCAAAGCCAAAAUCCUUGCUGGUGAGUUGAAGGUGCCACAAAUCGACUUCUCCGAAAAGGAAGAUUAA